GUUAAAGUAAAGGUGAAGUAAAACCGAGCAACAUGUUACUUUCUUCAUUAGUUGGUAAAACUGCUAUUGUGACUGGAGGUGGUACAGGUAUUGGUAAAGGUAUCACGGAACUGUUAGUACAGAAAGGCUGUAAAGUUGCUAUAGCCUCCCGGUCACUUCAGAAAGUAGAAACAGCUGCACAGGAAUUUAACGAGAAGUACAAGGAGAGUGAAGGAAGAGUGAUCCCAUACCAAUGUGACAUUAGGAAGAAUGAGCAGAUAGAGGCAAUGUUAGACUCCUUUAUCACAUCUCACGGUAAUGUGGACUAUCUGGUUAAUAACGGAGGAGGACAGUUUGUAAUGCCUGCUGAGAUGAUCUCUCCUAACGGCUGGGAUGCAGUUGUAAACACGAACCUCCGGGGUACCUUCUUCCUCACUCAGUCCGUAUUUAAACAGUGUAUGAAAGAGAACGGAGGAUCUAUUGUUAACAUCCUGAUGGAACUACACGGGGGCUGGCCGGGGUUUGCUCAUAGUGUUUCUGCAAGAGCUGGAGUAGAGGCUCUAGCUAAAACACUUGCUGUUGAAUGGGGCGAGUAUGGGAUCAGUGUAAAUAAUGUGAUACCCGGGAUUAUAUACUCUGAUACCGCAGUUCAGAACUACGGUCCUUUCGGUCCCAAGAUGUUUAAAGAGGCUAUGAAACAGGUACCACAAGGACGGCUAGGAACCCCAGAAGAUGUAGCAGUAGCGGUAGUGUUUAUGUUAACUGCCCCCUACAUUACCGGACACUCACUAGUUGUGGACGGGGGUUCCUCCCUGGGGACACUAGCCUGGUGGAAUGUUGUUCAUGGGAUGAUGACGGGUAAAGUUAAAAUUGAUGAUCUUGAUUGAGUGUAUCUGUUAGAUACCUCCGGAGAUAGUGACCUAUGGUUUUUAGAGUUGGAGAUUGUGCUUAAUGUCUUGAUCGUUAGUAGUGAUUGGGUUUUGAAAUGGCUACUUUGCUCAGAGUUUUGAUUUUUCAAAGCUUCAAUUAUAAAAUGAAUUACAUUUAUAUCUUUAUGAUUUAUGAAUGUUAAAACGCAAAUAGAUUAACUUAUUAAUGUUUUAUGGUCCUUGAUUUCAGUUUAUACUUAUUUGAUGUUUUAUAGAUUGACAGAUUUGAUUUUUAU